UUGAUUGAUUAUAAUAUAAGACAUCUUUCUGAAUUCCAACUGAAUACAUUAAAGUGAUUAUAAUUACAAUAGUUUAAGAUUUCGAUUUAAUUCAUUAUUACAUUUAAUAUCACAACUAAAUCUUAUUCCUAAGAAAUUUAUUUUGAACCUAUCAAUAAAUAUGGCUUCGUAUGUUGAUAUGAGUCUGGAUGAUAUAAUACAAAAACAGAAGAGGGGAAUUUCUAGGCCUAAAUCAAAAAUGAAGAAUCAAUCUGUACCAGCAAAACAAAAAAUUAUUGAUGCAAGGAAUAAAAUUAUAUCAAAAAAGAGAACUCAAAUCACCGAUGCCAGGGAAAAAUUAGCAGAGCUUGCAAGAAAGAAAGAUGCACGCUUAAGAUUAGAGCAAAUGAGAGCAAAACGAGCAAUGGGAAAAGUACAAUGUGGAGGUUCAGUUAACCAAAAUCAUGGAAAAUUUAUAAAAGUUCAUACAAAACGGGAAAGAGUGUUCACAGAUCCUUCGAGACAUGUUGUUUCACAGCCACUUGCAGCAAAAACUCUUAGAAAGCAAACUCUUACUAAUAAAAAAAAUAUUGGUGAUAGAUCUAUUGAAGCUAGGAGUUUUGCUAAAUCUUCACUAAAGCCCAUAAUUCGUACAGUUGAAAAUGAUCUAGAAAUUAUUGACAAUACCAUGGAUGAAGAAUAUGAGCCAUUGAGAAAGUCAUUUUCUAACCGUAAAGCAAGUUUACAACUCAAAAUUGUUACCCAUAACAAUGAAAUAAACAGAACUACCAUAGUAGAAAAAGAAAAAAGUCCACCAAGACCUCCAUCAAUUUUGAAAAAGAGACCUAUGGCGGCCUUACGAAUUGAAAAUAAAACUGAAAAAUUGGAUAAACCUCACGAAUAUAGAAUUAUUGUGAGUAAUUUACGCAGCACAGUGACAGGUGGAGAUAUUGAAGAAUUAUUUGGUGACGUUGGCGGCAUGAUAGAAUCACGAUUGGUUCGACCAGGAACAGCAGAAAUAAUUUAUAAAAGUGUUGAAGAUGCCCAGAGAGCUGUAGAUCUCUAUCACAAUAGGCAAUUGGAUGGACAGCCAAUGAAUUGUCUUCUUGUCACGCCCCGUUCAACAUCUGCUGCCACUAGGAACAGUAACAAGCCUGCACUGUACAGCACAAACUCAAAUGUGGAACCAGAUAUAUCAACAUUUCAUAAGGUCUUAUUUAGUAACUUUUAACAAGUAUAUCUCAUGAAACGAC